UGCAAGCGCCCAGAACCACCUACCGGUCUGUCAGCUACUGCCAAAGCAUCGACUGGUUCGACUGCGACUUGGUUCUCAACUCAAUUUCGAUCGAACUGCCUGGCCUAGUCUUCGCUUGCCUUGCUUCGAUCCUGCUCCCUCUCCACGUCUUUGAUCUUCUCGACGAUCGUUCAAACACCAUGUACGCCGGUGUUCCUGCUUCCCUUCGCGCAGGUGGCGUUCCACCACGCUCCAGCUCUCAAUUGACCAACAAACGGGAAGCUACGAUAGCUGUCCUAUCGUCUGCGGCCAGCACACGACCUGGCGUUGGAUCAUCAGCUCUCCGGGUCACAGUUGCCCCACUACUCAAGCCGGCGGUGCAAUCCUGUUUGAAGAAUGGCUAUCGUCUCUCCCUACCACUCGGCCCCGGUUCGCUGCCUUAUCCAAGCCCAAGCAUCCUCUUUCCCUCGCCCGCUGCGGUACACGUGACGUCUGGAUCAGCUGUGCCUAUGCAGAACUUGGACGAGCUUAGCCGCACUUUCCAAGCCUUCGACGAUGGUCGCCGAGCGUCAGAUCCGGACGUGAUGUCCCAGUUUGAGGAGGCCUUGUUCGAGUGGGUGGAGCGCGAAUGCCAGCAGGACACAUCCGAUCUGUCUUCCGCAGGCGUUUUUGGGGUACCUCGCUACUCUGAGGCGGGCUUCGAAUCCGAGCGUUUGAUGAGCCCAGGAGAGGUUUCGGGAUACGGAGCGGACGUUGAGGAUUCGCCUCACAUUCAGGGCGACCAGUACAAGCGAGGCUCAAGGAUACACAAUCGAGUGAUCAGCAUCGAAAAGGUCCACGCGCGUGCUCGAGCCAUCCGUCAAGCAGCCAGCGCGCGCCACACAAGUGUGCCGUCCGCAGGUGUGCAGAGCGAGCGCUCCGAGUCCACAUCACAAGCUCGCUAUGGAGGGUCGCAUUACGCACAAACAAGUUGGAAAGAGCCACGAUUCAGCCUGAAGGCAGAAGUCAUCCCCCACACGAACAGUGCAUCUCCUCAUCAAGCGACCCAAUCUCGCAAGUCCGGAGGGAUAGGAUUCAACCAGGAUCUCGCGCACCCGCGUCGCUCCGACGCAGCGUCAUCGUCUCCAUCCGUGCCGCAGGUCGCAUUGCCCAACGAAUCUCCCCGAGCUCAGCAGCAUUGCAGAAUAUCUGUGCGCGGUCCACCAACGCCUUACCUGAUGGCCUCGCCCCACACGACUCGCCAGCGCGUACAAAGGCUGCGCGAGUCGGAGGAGAGCAUUCCCAUCGACAUGAUCAGCGACCAUCAAGAGGAGGACACUUCGGGCUCAACUCCAACCACAGCCGACGAAGCUGUGGACCCAUUCGCAGCUUUGAACCCUUUUGGCCCCAAGCCCGCAAACGAGCCAACCAUUCCGAGUGGUCCAGUUUGCCCCAGAAUUGCAAUACCAGUGGAUCGUAGCAAAUCUUCCGAAGGUGUUACGCGGCUCCAAGCACGCAGGCCUCCUGGCUUGCAGCUGUCCAAGCUUCCGCCGUCAGGUGCGUGGGCGGCGGCCGAGAUCCGAGCGCAUGGCGCAGGCCUGGCGGGGCGAAACAUGGCCGCUCCUGCCGUCUUCGACCCUCGCAUUCACGGCCAGAAGAAUUGGAGAACUCCAGAUAUGGCUGAACCUCCCACGACUGCGCCAGCCGGCACUGUCACGUUCAAGGAGGCGCAAGAACAGGCAGAGAAGCACGUUAAAGAGAGCACUCAGUCGAGCCGCGCACGCUCAAAGACGGUCUCAGAUGGUCUCCAAUCGUCAAAGAACCGAUUGAUCGGUCUGAUCAACUCACCCCGCCGAGCCACACGUCCGCUGCCACCGCUACCUGCCCAGCGUGCAGUGCCGGAUUUGAUGUUGCCCAUCACGCCACCUCUAGGCACGAACAAGCAUGCAAGCAGGACAUCGGGCGACAGUGGGGCAUACUUGAGGAAGUCGUCGAAUCGUGCGGGGCUUGGACUUUCUUUUGGCACCGAGGAUGGAGCCGUCCUCGAAUCUGACGUUGCUACUAGCGCCAAGAAGUCGCCGAUCGCUGAUAACUUGCCGCGCCCUCUGCCACACCGAGACGUCAAUGCACCAGAGCACGCUUUCAGCGACGUCAAAGCAAGGGACACUUCGCGAGAAGCAGCAGUAGUCGCAAAGAUGCGGAAGCAUCGAAGCCUGCCUUCCAAGGUCGAGAGCCUCCUUGCUGAAAUCGCGAAGCCGUUCGACGCUGGUGCACGCCGCAGACGCAAGAUGGAGUUCGCCACUGCCAACGAAAUGCUCGAAAAGGCCGCGCCUACUCCCUGCGAGGAGAGAGAUCUGCUCCCUCCGACCGCCCGCGACGCUAUGGCGGCUUGGGCCAAACGCACUUUCGAGCUGACGGCUGCAAAGAAGUCUGCGGGCAAGGUGGAUGUGCCGCCCUCUGCCUACCUAGAGAGCGCGCCUACAAUGCCAACUAUGGCAGCAGAAACCGCCGAUGAGGUAGCAGAGCCACGUGAAGCCCAUAUUGUCGAGCAGCCUGUAGAUGUUGCAGAGGCGGAACAAGGGCCCUUCGUUCCUUCGAAGGUGGAAGAGCCUGCGCUUCAGCAAUCUGUCUUGACGAGGGAACGCGUCGCAGAGUUGUCUCCAGCACUCUCUGUUAGGGGAGUGUUCAGGAAGGAGAAUAGCGACCUGCUUGUAGCGCUACCUAGCUCAGCUAUCAGCAUGACUUCUGCCGGCUCGCUAGGUGCAGGCGAAGGUGAUGGACUGCUGCCUCCCGGCUCGCCCGAUACGGCAGUUGCGACUGCACUCAGAGCGCGCCGCGAUGCUCAAGGGCUGGGCUUGUCUCCGGCGAUUCGGGACGCUGCUCUCAAAUCGCAUGCCUCCGGCAACACGAAGCAUCACCGUUCCGUCUCGCGAGCCCCGUGCGAUCCGCCAUCUCCUCGACGAAUCGCUUUCGGCAUCCUAGCCAGUCAGCGCUUGCCUGAACCUUCACCCCGACGGGUAGUCUCUUGCGCCCCCGGUGCUCGUCCAUGUGGCCCUCGCAGACGACCAAGCAGUCCCAGCCGUCGCGUCAUGUCAGCCGCACAUCCCAACUCAAGUUGGAUGGGACGUGGCAUGAGCCGAGACAGUGCACUGUCGACUUCACCUCUUAUUCGCCAGACAAGCGAGUGCUCUUUCGGUCCCAUGCAAGAAGGCGAGCUGUCUGCUGAAGAAGUGGAAGCCACGUCGCCGAACUUGAAUAAGACUCAGGAAACGCCCUUGCUCAUUCAGAUGUCCUCCCCGCUGCUCAACCCGGCCCCUGCAUCCGAACGGCCAGAUAUCGCCACUAGUCCUCUUCUCGCCGGCACCCGCUCGCCAUUGAGUAAGAUAUGCGACCAGGCGCAAGACCUCAUUCGCUUAUCUUCGACCUCAUCGGCCGUUUCUCCGCCACCGCUGGUCGGUGGCUCCGCACAGAAGCGUCGCGUCGAGCGACCUGGAACGCCAUUGGAGUCGGGCCUGUCCCCUCGGCUUCGCUUGUUCUCUCCAGACUUGCCAUCGAGCAACCUGCCGCUCUCCGCAGCCCUGCUCCCGAGCGCCAGCAACGGCUCGGCUCGCGCGCGCGUAGCAGCAGGUAAUAGUGUCCUAGACACGCGUCGGGAUGUCAAGGUGCUUUCGGAGGCGGAUCUGAGCGAGGAUCACACGCCGCCGUCUCUUCCAGCUCCUCCUCAACCUGUCUCUGCUCUGCUCGCUCUCGCCCUGGCGGCCGAAGCGCUGAUUGGGGAAGUCGAUCCAGAAAUUUCGGCUUCGUCUGUUGCUUCUUCUCGCUCCCUCAGCGGACCAACAGCGGUUGACAGCCCACAUGUCGGCACUCCUUCGGCAUCUAGCCCACUGCUGCCUAGAGGUCUAGCAGCUUGAUCGUUGCGCUACCAUCGACCCCCACAACCGAAUUUCGCCCCUCCCCAUCCCGAUUCAUCAUUGCCUACUCUUUUUUGUACGUCUAUAACUGUUCCCCCUUCUCACUCUUCUAGAUUCGACAGACAUGAACGUGAGCUUUGUCACACGCUCGUCGAUGACGGAUCCUUACAUGACAAUUGCAAUUCAAUAUGCUUUUACAACAUCGAUGGGAGAUACAACAUUGUCCGGUCCGGAAGGAGGCUAAGACCCAGCCACGCGGGCUUAAAGGAUGAUCACGGAGGCAAGACGGCCAAAGCGCGUUGCGCAGCAUCCAGAUUG